UCCUGUCAAGUUAAAAACAGCUGAAGAACGCGUCUCUCUCUGCGCCACCCUGUUGCGCUCUCGCGAACGCGUCUUGCGUGAACGCCCCCUGAGAGAGAGAGAUGCGUUUGUGUCAUCGCUGCCAUGUUCACUCUAGAGCACUUGUUACGCGGAUGUUGAGGAAGUGGUGGUUAGUGGCAUUUGGAUGAGUAUCAUCCGGCUCUUGAUUUUACACCGUGAGAAAACGAUUCCGAUGCCGCGCUGCUAUGGACGCGAUCGGAGUAUCGCACACAGAUCCGCUCGAUGACUACGAGCUGAUACACCGCAUAGGCAGCGGGACAUAUGGAGAUGUGUUUAAGGCCCGCAGCAUUAAGACUUCCGUCAUCGCAGCUAUUAAAGUGGUCAAACUGGACCCUGGUGAUGACAUUUCAAGCAUUCAACAUGAGAUAACCAUGAUGAAAGAUUGCACUCACAAAAACAUUGUGGCCUAUUUCGGUAGCUACCUCAGAAAUAACAAGUUAUGGAUCUGCAUGGAAUUCUGUGGAGGAGGAUCAUUGCAGGAUAUUUACCACGUCACUGGUCCUCUGAAAGAGAGACAAAUAGCUUAUGUGAGCAGAGAAACACUUCAGGGUCUACAUCAUCUCCAUCAAGCGGGAAAAAUGCAUAGAGACAUAAAAGGUGCCAACAUCCUUUUGACAGAGCGAGGAGACGUCAAACUAGCGGAUUUUGGAGUGGCAGCCGAGAUCAACGCAUCUGUUGCUAAGAGAAAGUCCUUUAUUGGGACGCCAUACUGGAUGGCCCCAGAGGUGGCGGCAGUGGAAAGGAAAGGCGGUUAUAACCAGCUGUGUGACAUCUGGGCAGUGGGUAUCACAGCUAUUGAACUAGCCGAGCUGCAGCCGCCCAUGUUUGACUUGCACCCUAUGAGAGCUUUGAUGCUAAUGUCCAAGAGCAGUUUUCAGCCUCCCAAACUCAAAGACAAGAACAAAUGGUCCACAGAAUUUCACAACUUCAUUAAAACGGCCCUCAUAAAGAGUCCUCGGAAAAGGCCGACAGCAGAAAAAAUCCUACAGCAUGCUUUUGUCACGCAGCUCCUCACACGUAACCUUGUCAUAGAGCUGCUGGACGCAGUCAAUAACCCUGAUCUGCAGCAGACACACACUAUGGAUGAGAGUGACCUGGAGACGUGCAGCGUCCUACCUGAUAAGAUUCAUUCCCUAGCGAAACGUCCCAUUCAUAGAACUCGGUCUGAAGAGCAAUUCGAUCACGUGAAGUUUGGACCACCCAUGAGAAAGGGAGACGGAUCCCUGUCCUGAUCUGGGGGCGUAUGAUGACUGGAGCUCUAUCAGUGCGGACAAGGACUCACCGAGUUUGUUAGAGUGUGUGGAGGAGGCCUUGAUGGAAAGGAGUUUGACUAUAAAGAGAGGCUCUUCAGCUGAGUACUCACUGGAUGAAGAGGAUAA